AUGGAAGAACUGCUAGAUUUUUUUGAUCGCGCUGAUCGUGAAAUAAAAGAUAAUUCGUGGAAGAAACCGGAUUUAUUCAUGUCUUUUCCAAACGCUCCGUCAAGUGAUCCGCGUGAAUGGACGUCAUUCUAUUCGCAUGAGCAAAUGGAGAAUUGUUUGGCCAAAGUGCAGCGCAUAUCAUUUCGAGAAUCUGUGGUAACUAAUGCUUAA